AUGGGUGCUGAGGGCGCUAGAGGGGUUUGGGGGGAUCAUCCUCGUGUUUUCGGGGUCCUGUGCCCCCCUUUUCACGCCCUCCCGCCCUCCCCAGUGCGUUACGGGCGCUUCGACCCCGAGGACCAGCGCAGCCGGCACUGCCCCUACCUGGACACCAUCAACAAGAGCGUGCUGGACUUCGACUUUGAGAAGCUCUGCUCCAUCUCCCUGUCCCACAUCAACGUCUACGCCUGCCUCGUCUGCGGGAAGUACUUCCAGGGCCGCGGGCUGAAGUCUCACGCCUACAUCCACAGCGUGCAGCUGAGCCACCACGUGUUCCUCAACCUGCACACGCUCAAGUUCUACUGCCUGCCCGACAACUACGAGAUCAUCGACUCCUCCCUCGAGGACAUCACGUACGUGCUGAAGCCCACGUUCACAGCCCAGCACAUCGCCCACCUGGACAAGCAGGCCAAGCUGUCGCGGGCCUACGAUGGCACCACGUACCUGCCUGGCAUCGUGGGGCUCAACAACAUCAAGGCCAACGACUACGCCAACGCCGUGCUCCAGGCCCUGUCCAACGUGCCUCCCCUGAGGAAUUACUUCCUGGAGGAGGAGAACUACCGGCGCAUCCAGCGCCCGCCCGGGGACAUCAUGUUCCUGCUGGUGCAGCGCUUCGGGGAGCUCAUGAGGAAGCUCUGGAACCCGCGCAACUUCAAGGCCCACGUGUCCCCCCACGAGAUGCUGCAGGCCGUGGUGCUCUGCAGCAAGAAGAACUUCCAGAUCACCAAGCAGGGUGAGGGUGGGCUCCUGGGGGAGUGCAGGGCUGGGGGCAGUGCUGGGU